AUGGGCCUCGUUCCAACCUCUUUCUUCGUCGCCUCCUGUCUCGUAGCGCUGGGUACUGCCCAGUCUACCACACUGCCCGCACCUGGACAACCCGCGCGCCACGGAGUCGUCAACGGAUUUGAGAUUAUUGGAAGUAGCCUCGUCAGCGCGCAACAGAUUUUCCUCGGUACCGCAGAUAAAGUCUAUUUUGUUGACAAGGUUGAGAACAACCCGACGAGGAUCAAGGGCCAUCCGGCAUGGGCGUCAGAAUGGGGCCUUGCAGCGAACAACCAGCGACCAAUGGAUCCGGUGACGAAUUCAUUCUGUGCAGGGGGCAACGUUCUCGGCAACGGAACCUGGCUGAACGUGGGGGGCAACCAGGGCGUCACCUAUGGCGGGCAGCCGGCCGCGAGCCAGUUCGGUGGGGGCCCAUACAACAAUCCAGACGGAAGGCAGUCUAUUCGCUUGCUCGAUCCAUGCGAUGACGGGAGCUGCGACUGGGUCAUGUCGCCCACCCAGAUCGACCAACGAUGGUAUCCGACCUUGGAGACACUGGAAGAUGGGACCAUGAUCAUCCUUGGUGGGUGCAGGAACGGCGGGUACGUAAAUGACGCAGGUCAAGACAAUCCCACCAUCGAGUUCUUCCCGUCAAGAGGCCGCCCAAUCACGUCUCCGAUCUUACAGCGAACGCUUCCCGCAAAUCUGUACCCGCUGACCUGGCUCCUUCCGUCUGGAUUGCUCUUGGUUCAGUCGAAUUGGGCGACGGUCCUCCUGAACUACACGUCGAACGUAGAAACACCGCUGGAUAACAUCCCCGAUGCGGUGCGCGUCUAUCCCGCGAGCGCUGGGACACUGAUGCUACCACUUACACCGGCGAACAAUUAUACGGCAACUGUUCUGUUCUGCGGAGGCUCGAACAUCCAGCCAGAAAGAUGGACAUCACCUAGCUUCAUCGUCCCUACAUACGCUGCGUCGACCUCGUGUGUGAGGCUUACCCCGGACGUGUCGCGCCGUUAUCAGCGAGACGAUCCGCUGCCGGAGGCUCGGACCAUGCCCAGCUUCAUCGCUCUGCCCGAUGGGAGGGUGCUAAAUCUGAACGGUGGUCGAAUGGGCACUGCGGGUUAUGGAAACAACUCAUGGGCCAUUGGACACUCAUACGCCGACAACCCGGUCCUGAGGCCUGCCAUCUACGAUCCGAACGCGCCACAAGGCGAGAGAUGGUCGACGGAGGGCUUACAGGCGAGCACGGUGCCCCGGAUGUACCACUCCUCUGCGGUGUUCCUGCCAGAUGGAUCGGUGCUUGUGUCUGGGUCAAACCCGAACCCAGACUACCUCGUUGGGCCGAACGUCAAAUACCCGACGGAGUAUAGGACGGAGCUAUUCUAUCCUUCGUAUUAUAACGAGAGGCGCCCACAGCCCAAGGGACUCUUAGCGAAGUAUUCGUAUGGCGGGCAGCCGUUUGACGUCACCCUCGACGCGGAGGAUCUGUUCAACGAUGUUUCGAACAUCAACCAGACGAAGGUGGUCAUCAUCCGACCUGGGUUCUCUACGCAUGCUAUAAACAUGGGCCAACGUUACAUCGAACUUGCCAUCUCGUACACCGCCUACCAGGAGAACAGCACCGCGAUAUUGCACGUCUCGCAGCUGCCUCCUAAUCCUGCGAUCAUCGCCCCAGGACCGGCGUUGAUCUUCGUCGUGGUCAAGGGCGUGCCAUCGAUCGGUGGGUUUGUUAUGCUCGGCUCAGGCCAGUUGGGUACGCAGCCCAUUCUGCCUGUUGGAGAGCUACCGCAGGCGAACGUCGUCCCAUCGCCGUCCAAUGGGAAUGGACAGAAUUUGACUGGUGCCGCUUCGACGAUGCGCGCUGGAGGCAUUGGUUGUGUCUCGAUGUUGCUUGCGUUCAUCAGUCUGAUGGUAUUAUGA